AUUUAACCUGAAAGAUAAGAUUAUAAACGAUAAACGGGAUAAAACAAAGGAAUCAAAUAUUUCAGUGGCAUCGAAUAUUAUUGUGAUAUUAUUCGCUUAUAUUCAAGUCCAGAGCAAAAGACGCUGAAACAAACUUUUCCAAAAUGGAAUCUAUACAUACUGAUGAAAAACUUAACGAAAAUUUUGACGAUCGUAUUCAGGAAGCAUAUGAUGCAAUAAGAAAUGGAAUCAAAACUGCUAAUAAUCUGCCUGCUGGAGACAACUUUAACUAUUAUGUUUGCUUUCCAAGUUUUAAUGAGGCCAGGAAUAAAGAUUUAAAGAGAAUAUUGGCUACAAUGCAGAUGAUAAUAAAGACAGCAGGAGGUUCCAGCAGUAUUGAAAGUGCAGAUGUUGAUGAUAAGUUCGACCUUUUACAAGAGACAAAUGAUCAUCUGCUUGACCAAGCUAAUAUAUUAAUGGAUGAAGAGAGCGGUAUUUUACGAAAUCCUCAAGUUGAAUUGGUUGUAUCACAAAUGCCAAAACCGCCUGUAAAUGGCAGUUGGAACAUGAGGACUGAUCGUACUAGUGAAGGCUCGGACAAUUCUGAGAAGAUACGAUUACUGGGUGGAAAAAAUAUACAGAGACCACAGUUAAUGUUUAAGGAUAAGAUCGACAAUAGAAGCUCGAAGCCAUGGAUGCCUCGAAUUAAGGAAAAACCGAAUAUGAGGGAACCGUUGGCUCUUUACGUCAUAGAAGGAGAAUGCGGCGAGGUCUAUAAUCAUCCUUACGAAUUUGAGUUGGAUAAUUUUGAUUUGCCCGAAUGCCAAUUGAAGAAAAGUGUACCUGUACAAUAUAAGUCACUCGAAAGCACCGAAUUCAAGUUGAUCGAAAAACCGUCCGACAUCGAGAUUCUCCUGAAAGAUUUGAAAAAUCAGAAAGAAAUAGCUAUAGAUUUGGAACAUCACUCUUACAGAACAUUUCAAGGUAUAACUUGCUUAAUGCAAAUAUCAACAGUGAAUACCGAUUACUUAAUCGAUACCUUGGCUUUGCGAUCAGAAUUGCAUCAACUCAAUGAAAUCUUUACAAAACCUACAAUCUUAAAGAUAUUUCAUGGUGCCGACAUGGAUAUUAUGUGGCUUCAAAGGGAUUUAUCACUGUAUAUAGUGAACAUGUUUGAUACUCAUCAAGCUGCAAAACAACUCAAUUUACCCUAUCUCAGUUUGGCCUAUUUGUUAAAUAAAUAUUGUGGCAUAAAUCCCAAUAAACACUUUCAGUUGGCCGAUUGGCGUAUGAGGCCUUUACCGGCAGAAUUGAUAAAGUAUGCUAGAGAGGAUACGCAUUAUUUACUUCACAUAAAAGACAUGUUGAAAAAUGAAUUGAUCGAGAUGGCUAAUGGUAAGAGUAAUAUCUUGAAAGCUGUGUACGACCGGUGCACCGACCUUUGCAAACAAACAUACGUGAAACCGAUCUGGACGGAGGAGAGCUGCAUGAACAUGUACAGGAAGAGUCAGAAAUCGUUUAAUAACAAACAGAUGUACGCUCUGCUCGAAUUACACAAGUGGCGAGAUAUUACCGCGAGGGAGGAGGAUGACAGUAUCGGCUAUGUGUUGCCAAACCAUAUGUUGCUCAAUAUAGCCGAGACAUUACCGCGCGAAAUGCAGGGAAUUCUAGCAUGUUGCAAUCCAAUACCACCAUUGGUGCGACAAAACGUGCUGAAACUCCACAAGAUAGUACUAAAGGCCAGAGAACAGCCUCUUGUAAUGACUAUUCCAGAACAAGAUGUUCGGCAGAGAUCAACGCAACAGAGUCACGCAGUAGAUUCCGGGAUAUUGUUGUAUACGCCACAUGAUAUACCGAGUGAUACCGAACCAAGAGCAAAUUUACCCUGUCUCUUGGAUAAAAAUAACUGGUCACAACAAUCGAAGGCGAACGAACAUCAAACGGUGAAACAUACUAUCACACUAUUUGAUACACCAGUUACAUCAGAGGACGAAGAAACAAAAGAAAGUAAUGAAAAGAAAAAGGCCAUAUUUAUAAGUCCAUAUAUGAGAUAUAAGUGUGUGAUACCAAUGAUAAUGCAUUAUGAAACAAAAGAACGAGAGAAACAGCAAAAGGAAAACGAAAAAAAAGAAGAAGAAAAGCGUUUGACUGUAAAUGCCAAAGAGGAACACAUAGAUGAGUCUGAGAUUAAUGAGAGUAAAAGUAGAGUUUAUGAACACUUUAAACAAAUAUGUCAAACUGCAAAUAAGGAAGUUGUAGACUUGCCCAAGAAGAAGAAAAAGAAGAAAUGUAAGCAAUUAACCUUAGGUCAAAUGCAUGGAAGAAAAAGAAAGAGAGAAUCUGACAUUAAAAAUGAGAUUCAAGUGAAUAGAAAUAAUGACUUUUCUACACCGACAUCGCCUUCGGAUAUCAAAGUUAUUCAUAUGUCUAAAAAAAUAAAACGGGAAAUACAAGAUACAAAUGAAGAGAGGAAAGUUCAGGAUAAUAAUUCUGAAAUAGUUACAUCAUUAAGGGCUAGGAAAAAGAAUGAAAAAAAAACAAAUCAACAAAUGCUGAAAACACAGGGUAUGUUACCAUCGGAGAAAUUCGAUUACAAAUCAGUAGACUUUAGCAGUUUCCAAGGUGGCAGUACAGCAAGUAGUACGAGUCAGACACAGUUCCAGCAACCUCGACAAAAGAAAAAGGAUAAAUGGAAGAAUAUGAAGAAACAGAAAUUUAACAUAUAAAUUGUGUAACACAACUAUCCUUUUGAUGUUUCAUCAAAUUAUCUUUGAAAAGAAAAGAAUAGUGAGACAAUGAUAGGAAGAAAUUUUUCUUUAAAUAUCAAUUUUUUAGAUUAUGUGCUAAAAAUUAAUAUUGAUUUUCGUUAGCGUUGACAAAUUUUUGAUGAAAUUUUGUCACAUUUUCUAAAAUAUUAAAGAUAAACUCGAAAACUGGAUUCUGAAAAUAUGAAAAAAUCCAUUUUUCAACCUUUUUUGUAAUAUACAGGUGAUAUAUCUGUAAAAAGCAUCUGUAAAUAUGAAUGUGAUGCAUUUUUAUGCAAAUAAAGUUUGCUAAAAUUUCUAUAUACAUAAUGUGAUUAUGUAUAUGGAAUAUAACCACAUAUAUACUAGAAAUUUUUAUAACCAUAUCUAUACUAAAAAUAUUUUGCACAAUUAUUUUUAAUUAACAAAAUAAAGAGAGAGAGAGAGAGAGUAGAUUUGAAUCAUUGUUUUAUAUUAAAAUAAAAAAGAAUAUUAAUACUUGAUAAAUAUUAAGAUUCCUAGUUAUUACGCGUUUAUUCUACGAAAAAAUAUAAUGGAUAGAACAUCUUUUAGUUCCAUUUAACAUGAUAUUUUCAAUAUUAUCGGGAUUAUCUAGACCUAAGAUAUUACUUAUGUCAGUCUAAUUUAACUCUGUUGUUAGAUGAGGUUUCUCUUUAUAAGGCAUGCUAUGUAAGCAGUUGUCUUCUUAUAUAAUAAAUGAUGAUUACGUUUUGAUGAA